UUUGUCUCAUUCAUUUAUGUAUAUAAACAAUCCUUUACAUUAAUAUUAGAUGUUGUUGAUUUCGAAAGGAUAAAUUCUUUAAAAUAAACCAGUGAUAAAUAAUGAGAACAGUUAUAUGGUUAUCAUUUGUAGUGUUAACAUUGUAUUGUGUAGCCAACAUAGAAGCUAAUCAAAAAGUUAUCUUCCGAGGUGCUCAGUCGUAUGCUGGUUACAAAGGGAGUAAAAACAAUCUAAGAAGGACACCUACUUCUCGCCGCGUUGAUGUAAGCCAAGUCCAAUUGUAUGGUGCUCGAAGAAAUGAUCCGACUUACCGUCAAGGAUUAGAAGAAUUAGCUGGUUUAAUGUAAAAUGAAAGUUUCAAGACAAAAAAAUUAUUCAUUAAACAUACUUUAUAAUAUUUCAAGUUUGCAACUCUUAACAUAUUUUCUUAGUUAAUACAGUAAUUAUAUUUAUGCAUGGUAUUGAAAGUAUCCUUAGAAGAUUCCCUUCAUAUAAAAACCGGUACCGUCCAACUCAUUGUUCUAACAGUUAAAUAUUAGCUGAAGGAACUGAAGGUCCAAGGUACAGUCCUAAGGAGUUUCAUAUCAUGACAAAACAGUUAUCGAUUGCACCUUAACUUUUAAAAGCACCUCGAAUGAAAGGUAAAUCAGUGGCUAAUACCAACUUAAAAUUUAAAUGUAUUCAUAGUUUCAGAAAGAGAUUUUUGUGGAUAUUAUGGUAAUUUAGUAACUGAGUCAAUCGAAGCUAGACCACCAUGGAAAACUUUGAACCACUAGACCACCGUUUCGUCCCAUUGUGAGACUCGUAAACAGUGCGCAUCCGCCACCCCGCUUCGCAGGAUUCAAACCCGGGAUCUAUCGGUUUCGCGCGCGCAAACGCUUAAAAUCUAGACCACUGAGCCGGAAUCUAACAGCCGUCCAGUGCUUCCAGGUUUACCAUGAUGGUCUAGAUUCAAUGGACUCAUGAUCUCAACUAUUAAACUAAAUAAAAUCUUAAACUGACCUAUUUUUUCAAUAAGUUUUACAUCUGCCUAUCUAAAUUACUCUAUUUGUCACUUCAGAAUAUUGAUAAACACCACUCCUAACUUUCAUUUUCAAUAGAACUAGGUUUAGAUAACAAUAGUUAUUCUUCUAUCAACACACAACCGGUUUUCAAAUGCUAGCUAAUAAAAAGCAUAUGAAUACUUUAUACUACUUAUAGAAUUAAAAGUAGUUAAAACUAGGAGUUACCACUAACUGAAUUCAGUAGCUGUUUUCAUUUUAAGCAGAGAUGGAUAAUGGCUAGCAGUGGAAUCCAGGAUGCGCAUUUCGUCCUAUUUGGGACUCGUCAGUUGGAUGUACCUGCAAUCCACACAGGAUGCACGUAUGCCAACAUGAGGCUGAUCAAUUGCAGUCCUAAAUAACAAUGGGAAGAUACAAGUAAAACAACACCAAGUAUUUUCAUUUUAGUUGAAUAUACUUGUUUCAUCAAUGAGCACAUAAAAUUCCACCCUGAAUCAAAACUAAUAUUAACAUGUCAUUUACUUCCUGCCUUGUUUUCACCGCUCUUCAAGCUGAUAUCAUACCGUGGUAAAACCUAUACCUUGUCAAAUAUGUUUGCGUUUUAUCCUUAAUGAUACUAUUGAGUUUCUGUUAACAAAUGUACUCUUUCGACAAAUGCAUUGAAAUCUUCCCAUCUAUCACUAGUUGGAGGAGCGUUAUGUAAUGUUCGAUAGUCGUCAAUUAUGUGUAUUGAUAUAUCAGUAUUGAUAUACAGGGUUAAAGGAGAAAUGAUUACCUAUGGAUUUAGACCCAAAAGCUCUUUAUCUACUAAGAUAAAGUUUGAUGAUAACUGUGAAAAUUCCGAAAAGAAACACUAUUUGCCAUUAUUCAUAAUAAGUUAAUUUCUUUGUGGUUCAAAUGAUCUAGCAGUUGUAAAAGAUAGAAGUCAUGUAUCCGUUUUUCAAUGUUAAAUGUAUAUCUGUGGCAUGAAACCUUUUUCAAGCACGUUUCCGUUAAUUUAAUAAAUGAGCACCACCUUCACCCCCACACAUAACAGUACAAUUUCAACUGAUUUCAUCCCACAAUCUAACAUUUACUUCGUUUGCUUCUGUUAUGACCUUGAUUUGUCUACCCACUUUUUGGUGCCGAGGAUACUGGUCUAAUCUAGAUUUCGACCUUGAUGCGAUAGGCUGAUCGGCUUAACCUUGAGACUAGUACGCGUGAGUUCGAGAUGGGGUAGAGAGAAGAAAACUAUUCUGUCACCUGAUUGGUAGGCAAGCACACGGAUGAGAGAAGACAAGACAACUGGAACACUACUCGAUCUACUUCCUGACCACUGAACUCACUGGAUUCACUGAAUUCAGAUUAGUGUAAAAAGGCACAUGAAUAAAUAAGUGAAUAACCCGACCGCAACGUACAAUAAUUAGGAAAAAUACAAUUAUGUCCAAAGCUGGGAAUUAGAGUAGAAAAUAGGGUGCAAAAUAAUAUGUUCAAAUUACAAUAGCUUUGGAACAGAAAAAGGUAUGGCAGUGAAUGAUACAUUGAACGAAAGCUUAUGUUCUAUAGAAUAGAUUAGGGACAAAAAUAAAUGUCAGUGUUUUACAAGCUUUGAAUAAAAUGAAAUAACGUCCCGAAAAACAGCCUUCGUAGUUUGUCAGGGCUUCUUGUUUCCCGGUUCACAUCAGCUUCUCCUUGUUGUCAAAUUGGGAUGAGUUACGGUUGUAAGUUUAUAGAAGACCUAUGUGUAUAGCAUUUGAUGAUUGAAAUGGAGUGUCCGCUGAAAAUCAUGCUGUUAUAUGUAGUACACACCCCUUAGACGAAGAAAAAAACAUUGAAAAAUGCUAGAUAUUUCACAUGUAUUGAACAUCAAAUAAUGGAUAGAUAACUUCAGACACAUAAAUAAUUAACAUCUAAACCAUUUAAUAGAAAGUUCAAGCGUGGUUAUAUUCUCUGUAUGGGUUUAUGGAGAUUGUUGAGUUUCUGAUUGAAUUUAUGAACGGAUCAAUGUCAGACCACCAUGGAAAACCUGGAAGCACUGGAUGGCUAUUUUAUCCUAUUACUGAAAUCCUCAGCAGCGCACAUCGAUGAUCCCAUACACGAGAGUCGAACCCAGGACCUACCGGUCUCGUGAGCGAGCGCUUAACCAAUAGACCACUGAGUCGGUCGGGAUCCGAUGGUGUUAAUCUCUAACUUCAACUAAUCCACGAAAUUGGGCGACACAUCUAUCAUUGUCUUCUGUGAGUUACUAUCUCACAAUAGACCCGGUUGAACUCCACUGGUCAUUGCUUCACCCUAGAACUCCAGGAAAUACAUGUUGAAGCUAGUCACUAGUGAGCAUAUAUUGAUUAGUAUCAGAAAGGGUUUUGUGAAGAUUGUAGUAAGUUCAAUAGUUGAAUUCAUGAGUCAAUUAAAGCUAGACCACUAUAGAAAACCUGAAAGUACUAAACGACCGUUUCGCCUUAUUGUAGGACUUCUGAGCAGUGCAUAUCUAUAAUCUCAGACACGAGACUAAAAACUAGGAUCUUCGGUCUCGAGUGCGUGAAUGCUUAACCUCUAGAUCAAUCAGAAGGUAUCUAACGAUAUUAAUAUCUAACUUCAAACUAAUCCACAAAUGAAAUUUAAUAGAAAUUCAUAAACAGUCAAACCUUAAUUUAUAGACGACCUUUUGGUGACACCUAAAUGACCUUGAGACGACUCACUUAUAAAGGUCAAAAAAAGGAAUUAUCGAUUAGUGAGAGGAACUAAGAUUACAAAUUAAGGUUAAGAAUUCAAUUAAGGAUUUUUAUUACUCCCUAACACAAUUAUAAUAUCAAAAGGGGUUUUAUAAAUAUUAUAAUAAUUUCAAUGAUUGAGAUCAUGAGUCAGUUGAAACUAGACCACCAUAGAAAAACUGGAAACAACUGGAACAAUUGAAUGGGAAAAUUCUGGACUUCCUAUCUUUAAUUUCAUUGGUUUAUUCAUAAAUUACAAUCUUCCCCAUUGAAAAAAAAAAAAACAAAAACAAUCCAGGGUAGAGUUUUACAUAAAUGUUCAUUUUUCAAAUAUGGAUGAAUAGAAUUAUUCAAUCCCAUUAAUAACAUAAACAUUUAUC